GUUAGCCGCCAGGCCAUACUUUGUUGCAGCAUUCACAAGGAAAGUUGUGUCACGCUAGGAAUAAACCAUCAGGCAGUGAAACAUUCCAAACCCCACGCCUGAAAACAAAUUUUAACUGGCAACCAAUAUAUUCGUUUAAAACGCUGCAAAAAUCUUCUCUCCACCUUAGUAAUGUAGGAGCUCUAUAAUCUCGAUAUUUUUAGAUCUGCUUUUCGCUUCCUGUGAAUGAAUUGAAGCAGCAGCUGUAGGGAGAGCGGUUUUGGUUGAUUUCAAAAUAAAUUCUGCCUUGGUAGGGUUUCGUGAUAUUUUUCCUGCAAACUCUGCCCAUUAUUUUUAAUCGGCAUUGUUGACAGAACAACUCAAUUUGUGACGGAUCUUGAGGAUUGCUGAGAUAGAAAUGGAGUUAAAUAAAACUGAAAUAAAUUUAAGACGUUUGCUUGCUGCGGCUCCUCAACAGGAAAAUCAAGCCAAGCUUAUACAUUAUGUUGCAACAUUACGGGAACAACUAGCACAAUUGACUGGAGAAGGUACACCGGAAGGCUUACCAAGUAUAUCUGCUUCAAAAGCCAAGGAAUAUUCGGAGAAGAUUGAGGCACUUGCAGCAAGAAUAGAUUCCGAUCCUCAGUUGGAAGCUUCAGAACCCGCAAGAGUAUCAGAUGGCUUCUCUAUUGAAAAAGUUACUGAAUUGAAAGAGGAACACAUGAUCAAUGGAGGGAGUAUUGCAUCUACAUCCUCAACUCCUGUAUUACGGAAGAGACAUGUGCAUAGCGUCAAGGAUCAGAGUAAGGGUCAAGACAUUGUAACAGCUAAAAUAGAUUCGUCAGUAAAACUGGAUGCACCAGCUCAAGAGCAUAUCGAAAAGCACAGGAGACUUCAGGAGGAUUUGACUGAUGAAAUGGUUGAUUUGGCACACAAGCUAAAGGAAACCAGUCUUAUGAUUAAUCAGUCUUUGCUUGAUACUGAUAAGAUACUAGAUUCUACAGAGCGGGCAGUGGAACACAGUUUGGCAAGUACAGGACGUGCAACCGAACGAGCUGGAGAGAUUUAUUCUGAAAGCUUCAAAACUAGUUGUUUCACUUGGCUUAUGAUGUUUGUCAUGAGUUGUGUAUUCCUUUUUGUUGUUUUGUUGAUCCGUAUAACCUGAGGGACCUCAAGAAAUGCAUACAUAUCUUCUUGUUUGGAUCAUUGUUUUAUAUAUGUUCUAAAGAGGCAAGUUAGUCUAUGUAUUAAUAAUAUGUAAAAUAUAGAUAGCUUUCUUGAUAGUGAUAAUUCCUGUUAUCCAUUUUUAUAACGCUAAUAGGAUCUAAAUUUUCCUAGAGGACCUUUGUAAGGGGAUUUCCAAAAAAUGGCACCAAAUAUUAAAGUGACAGAGUCAACAUCAAAUGAGGAAUUUGAUAAUUCCUGUUAGCCAUUUUUAUAACGCUAAUAGGAUCUUAAUUAUUCCUA